AUGAUCUCCACUGACAGUAACAGCUCCACAGAUUCCCAGCCGGCCACCAAUGCUGAGGCCAAGAAGCAGCAGAAACCAGCGCAGCCUCCUGAGAGGCCGAAGAUGAGCCGUGAGGAUAUUGCCACAGAAUGGGAAGUGAGUGAUGUAGGACCCAGUGUUGUAUUCAACCUCCCUUCUAUGUCUUCAGCCUUCAGCGAGCCUUUGCCUCCAGCUUGUUCUGCCCAGUUACCAUCAGGCAUCAAAUAUGUGACUUUGCCUUCAGGCAACACUAAUGUUCAUCUGCCUGCAGACAAUAUAAAUGUUCAGCCUCUGUCUGACAGGAGAAAGGACAGUGAUAUGGAUAUUUGUGGAGAUGGGGAAGCCAGUGAUAUAGUAUUGAAUCUCCCUUAUUUGUCUACAGACUUUAAAUAUAAACUUUUGCCUCCAGCCACUUGUAAUGCUGAGUUGAAUGUUCCUCUGCCUCCAAGAUCAACUGAUGGGAAUUUUCCUCCAAGAUCCCCUAAUGUGAAUUUGCUGCCAAGAUCCACUAAUGUGAAUUUGCCUCCAAGAUCCCCUAAUGUGAAUUUGCCGCCAAGAUCCACUAAUGUGAAUUUGCCUCCAAGAUCCCCUAAUGUGAAUUUGUCUCCAAGAUCCACUAAUGUGAAUUUGCCUCCAAGAUCCCCUAAUGUGAAUUUGCCUCCAAGAUCCCCUAAUGUGAAUUUGCCUCCAAGAUCCACUAAUGUGAAUUUGCCGCCAAGAUCAACUAAUGGGAAUUUUCCUCCAAGAUCCACUAAUGGGAAUUUGCCUCCAAGAUCCCCUAAUGUGAAUUUCCCUUUAAGAUCCCCUAAUGUGAAUUUGCCUCCAAGAUCCCCUAAUGGGAAUUUGCCUCCAAGAUCAACUGAUAGGAAUUUUCCUCCAAGAUCCACUAAUGUGAAUUUGCCCCCAAGCAUCACUUAUGUGAAUUUGCCUCCAGGAUCCCCUAAUGUGAAUUUGCCUCCAAGAUCCCCUAAUGUGAAUUUGCCGCCAAGAAGCAGUGAUAUUCAUUUGCCUCCAGCCACCAAAACUGCCCCAUUGCAUAGGUGCCCAAGCAAAGCUCCAGUGCCUACAGACACCAGAGAUUCUUCUUGCCCCAUCAAUAUUGUCAAAUCUCCCUGCCAUCAGCCUGUAGACACUGGGCCUCUCUCCCAGAUGGGUGCUCUCUUAGACCAAGUGGUCCACACACACUCGGCCUUACUGGGAAGUGAAGAGUUCCUGAGCCUAGCAAGAGACAUCAUUCAGCAGAGAAUAGAAGCACAAACUCAGUCGCACCACAGACUAAUAGAAGACCGCCAGCGUCAUAGGAUAGAGAAGAUGGAGAUGGCCCAGAUGCAGAAAUAUUAUGGUAAGAACAGCUCAACAUCACCACCAUUUUCUUCUGAGCAUUUCCCAGAGUUCCGGGAUGCGAGUGAAGAUGCCGAUUGGCUCCUGCUGAAUUUUGAGAAACUCUGUGUCAUGUGCAAAGUGCCUGAACCAGAAUGGGUCUGUUUUCUGCCCGACACUCUCAAAGGCAAGGCCUUGGGGUGCUACUGUGAUGUGCCUAUGGGUGCCUGCUGCGAUUACCCAAUGAUAAAAGCAGCCUUGCUGAAACCGUACAAUGGGGAUCCAGAUAUCCACCGCAUCAAGUUCCGAAAUAUGGAGCGGAAGGCAGAAGAGACUUUUUCCAGCUUUUACCAGAGACUCCAGUACCGCUAUGACCGAUGGAUGGACACUGCUAACGUCAAGAAGUUCAAGGACUGCUAUAAGCCUCUAGUGUUGGAACAGUUGCUCCAGAAGUGUCCGCCCAAAGUCAGGCACAAGAUUCUGCAGCAAAAGGACUGUACCCCAAAUCAGGCUGCCCAAAUUGCAGAUGAAAAAGUCAGUGUGCACCAGGAAACGGUUUCUCGGCCCAAACUGAAUAAAUACCCAUCUUCACCCAAACCUGAUGGAAAUUCAAAUGCUUCACAUCAAUAUUUUAUUGCAGACAAGGAAAACAUUUUGGAUUUCCUGGAUUUCUUUGAGUGCCGUUGCACCUUUCAUAAACUGCCCAAAUCCCACUGGGUCAAAUAUUUAUACAGCAAACUGAUGGGGAAAGUGCUGGGUGUCUGCUUGUCCAUCCCACAAGAACACAAGGAUGACUAUAACUUUGUAAAGGCAAAAAUAUUAAGGUUUUAUGAAAUCACACCACAGACCCAUUGGGUCAAGUUCCAAACCCUCCAACGUCAGCCUGGUGAAACCUUCACUGAUUUUUAUCAGACGCUUCUAUGUCAUUAUAACAGGUUGAUUGCGGCGUAUGAAGUUAAGACUUUUGAGCAGUGCCGAAACCUAAUAGUGGUAAAACAACUUCUCACUCAGUGCCCUACUGAAGUAAAGAGUAUGACUUGUAAGCAAAGGACCCUCACUCCAGAAGUGCUAGCCAGAACUGCCGAUAAGUAUUUGAUCCUCCAUCCGGAUCUGCAGCAGAAUCAAACCUCCAAGAAACUGGUCUCUGAGGUGCCGCCGAUUGUACGGCCAACCCAAGUAACUUUCCAAGAUGGAAGUACCUUCUCAAGAUGUUCUUCAGCAGAAACAGUUCAGAGGAAGCAGGACUUCCCUUGGCCAUGA